AUGGCCACUGAACUUAAUGGAUCACCCCCGCGACUGGUCCGGCUUCCACGACCUACCCACCUGAAUAGCCUGAAACCUGUGUACAUCCUUGAUAUACAGGACGAGAGGGCAAACACGCUGCGCCGCCUCCUUCAGCAGGGUCACACCGCCGUUGCCCCUUUGCGCGAACCGAAGUUGAUUCUUCACAGCCAUCUUCCUCAUCUACUGGGCUCGGCCUAUUUCCUGGGUGCAUCUGCCGAGCAGCUAGAAGAGCUCUAUGAACACGAAGUCACGACAUUGAAAGAGAUUAAUGAUACGUUCAUUACAGGCGCUGCUAUUUCACGGAAUAAUUGGAGAGAGUUUUUAGGGCAGAAAUCGUAUACGGUGGCCUACGUGCAGUACUUCGAUGAAGAAUUGAAGCGCAACAAUGGUGACUGGAAGAAGGUGCUGCGACAGUAUCUGUUUCCUAGGCCGGAGCCGCUCAUCAAUGGCUUCAGUGGUGGUCUUGGUCAUCCCUUUAUCCACCUCGCCUAUGCGUGGGAGCUCCGAGCUCCCACGGUUGCAACGGAGGCAUUGUCAUUGGGCUGCACUGAAAAUAUCGAAGUACAUGGCUUACUAGACAACUAUCCCGCUGACAACUCCACCUACAAAACAUCCAGCUUGGCGGACGUCAUCAGGCGCAUCCACGAUGACAAACGCUUUGACGGCCUCUUCGAGCAUCAGGGCAUCACGAACGCCGAAUCUCUGAUGCAACAGCGUUUUGAGGCCGUCCUGGAACACUGGAAUGCAUGGGAAGUAGACAACCCUCUCCAGCAGCUGGAAAAUUGCUGCGACGUCUCGGUCCUGCUGGCUAUUGCAACCGGUGAUAGAGAGCGCAAGUUUGACUUUUACCUUGUCCACACCAUGACUGUUGCGCAUGCCCUGCGCGUUCUGUGGGAGUUGUUCCCUGAGGACCAGCGGAGCUGUAUUCUGAGACAAUAUGCGCUUUUCGUGAUUAUUGUGUACAUCUGUCAGCUUAAACCUGAGGUUAACUUCGAUCAGAUUGACGCGAUUGAGUCUGUGCAGCUGGCUGAUGGGGAUGACUGGGAUUUGGUAGCCAGGAGGGCUCUACGGCACAAGUGGAUGAAGGAUUCGCAUUUCUUUAAGGUGAUCCGGGCUCCGAAGGCGUUUGAGGAGACGUAUGGGUCGAAGAAUGAUUUCUAUCGGAAGGCGUCUGCUAAGUUUUUAGCUGAGUUUGACGGGUGGGAGGGGUUUGGACUGGGUGUUGAGGGAUUUCUUCCGAAUCGCGAUGGAUAUAUACCUGAGUGA